AUGGCGCUACCGACCCUUUCAGCGUAUGCACCGGCACGCUCGCGGGCCUGGGCCGGGCAGAUGGCUCGGCAGCGGGAGCAGCAGGCCCGGUGGCGGCAGCAGUGGGAGCUCCAUUCCCAGUAUUUCAAAGAGCAGAGUGUCCGCAGUGAGAAACAGGCGGCCUGGAGUUCCCGACAGUCCUACCAGCAGAGCAUGCUGGCAUAUCAUAAACAGAGGUUGGAGGAGGAAAGGAGAUCAUGUCUAGAGAAGCGAAGGGAUAAACUCAGGGUUAUGCUUCAAGAGGAACAACGCUCUAUGGAGGCGGAGCUCCGAAAUCUAGUUCCUGACAACAGCACUUUAGCUCGUCAGCUGGCACAAAAAACUGAAGAGCUACGCACAGCAAGAGAAAGAAGAAGAAAGGUUGCAGAUCAGUUGAUGAAGGAGCACUGGAGGAAAAAUAAUCCUGAUUUGAGAGAGCUGGAAUCCACCUUACACAAAGAUCAUGUCAUCGAACAGUGGAAAGAGCAGAUAACUGAUAAGAAAGAGCAAAAAGCGGCUGAACAGGAGGAGAAGCAACGGUUUGAAAAUGAAUAUGAGAGAACUCGCAGAGAAGCACUGGAGCGGAUCAGACUGGAGGAGGAGCGGAGGAGGGCGGAGGAGGGAAAAAGAGCUGAAGAACUCCGUAGACAAAUGGAGGAACUCAAAUUGAAAGAAGAAGAGGCAACACGUCUUAAGAAGCAGCAAGAGGCUUUGUUGGCCCAGCAUUGGGAACUUGAGAAGCUAGAAGUAGAAAGGAGAGGAGCAGAGGAAAAGAAGAAGAAAUCUGAGAUCAGGUAUUUUCUCAUACGUCAGUAUCGAGCUCAAUUGAAGAGAAGAGCUCAGCAAGUGCAGGAAGAACUUGAAGCUGACUGCAGAAUCCUAGCAGCAUUAGUGAAGGGGGAGGAAGGUGAUAAAAGACUUCAGACUGAAAGAAAGGAGCGAGCCAUUGCUGACGCUGCCUGGAUGAAACGAGUUAUUGAAGAGCAGCUGCAGCUGGAGAAAGAAAGGGAGGCGGAGUUGGAUUACUUACACCGGGAAGAAGCUCAACUUGUGUGGGAAAAACAGGAAGCACAGUGGGAGAAGGAGAGAAUAGCCAGAGAACGACUCAUGAAAGAGGUGCUUGCAGGCAGACAGCAACAACUUGAAGUGAAAAUGCAAAGGAAUCGUGAGGCUCAAGAAGAGUCCUUAAAGAGACGGGAGGAGCUAAUCAAAGAACUAGAGACAGAGAAAGAGUUACAACAGCAGGAAAAAGAAUUGGAAGAAGGUCUUAGAACUGCACGAAGGAAAGAAAUAGAAGCCCAGGUUGAGCAGAAGCAGCAGGACCAAUGGGAAGAGAAUCUCCGGCUGGAGAAACUGGAGCAGGAAGCGCAAGAGGCCCAUCGACUCCAGGAGGAGCAGCUGAGGCAGGAGAUGCAGAAGAUGGCCAAAAGAGGCUAUGAGGACGGGCAGACCCCGAUCAGCAUGGACCUAAGUCUUUUGAAAGAAGAAUAUUGA